GUACAUUGAUGCCUCGAUUGGCGGAAUUUACGCUACAGGGUAGGACAAUUCGGCCGCGCGUUGGAUAAUUAGAGGGCUGAGAUUCCCCACACGUUGGCUGAGCAUGAAACAACCCAACGGUGAGGACUAGCACCAUGGCGACAACACUCAUUGGAGCAAAAAUAACAAUCCCAGCAAUGUGCCCCUAAUAUGGCGUUGGGAAUUGAUGAAUUUGUAAGUCACGACAUCUAUUAAGAGCCGCAGCUCCCGGCUUUAGUUCUGUACACUUGAUCUAUCCAACAUCUUACACUCCUCCCAUAAGCGACUCCGGCUGGUCCAAAUCAUCGCCAUUCAAGAUGCUGGCAUCAUUUGUUUCCUCCGUCCUCCUCCUGACGUCGGCCGUCUCGGCGACCCUGUCGUACCGCGGCGUCGACUGGUCGUCCACCCUGCUUGAAGAAGACGCCGGCAUCUCGUACACCAGCGGCGGCACGAAGCAGUCGCUCGAGAAGAUCCUCGUCGCCAACAACGUCAACUCGGUCCGCCAGCGCGUCUGGGUGAACCCGUCCAAUGGCGACUACAACCUCGACUACAACCUGGAGCUCGCUAAGCGGGCCAAGGCGGCUGGCUUGAGCGUCUACCUCACGAUGCACUUCAGCGACACCUGGGCCGACCCGGCCAACCAGAAGAUCCCGUCUGGCUGGCCUACCGACAUUGAAAACCUCGCGUGGAAGCUGUACAACUACACGCUCGCCGUGUCCAACUCGUUCCAGGCCGCUGGCGUGCAGCCCGCCAUCAUCUCCAUCGGCAACGAGAUCACCUCGGGCCUGCUCUUCCCGACCGGAUCGACCAAGUCGUACGCCAACAUCGCGCGCCUGCUCAACUCUGCGGCGUGGGGCAUCAAGGACUCUAAGCUCAGCCCUAAGCCUAAGAUCAUGAUCCACCUGGACCGCGGCUGGAGCUGGGACGUCCAGGAGUACUUCUACACUACCGUCCUGGCCCAGGGCUACAUCACCACCAGCGACUUCGACAUGAUGGGCGUCUCGUACUACCCCUUCUACGGCAGCGGCGCUACUCUGGCCGCCCUCAAGUCGACGUUGACCAACAUGGCCAACAAGUGGGGAAAGCAGAUUGUCGUCAGCGAGCUGGACUGGCCGACGUCGUGCCCGUCGCCUGCCUACGCGUUCCCUAGCGAUCUGAAGGAUAUUCCGUUCAGUGCUGCCGGCCAAACCGAGUUCAUCAAACGGGUUGCCGCUGUCGUCGCGGGCGUGAGCAAGGGUGUUGGACUGUACUACUGGGAGCCGGCGUGGGUGAACAACCAGGCGCUCGGGUCGUCUUGCAGCUCCAACACGCUGUUCUCGUGGCCGGGUACCGCGCUUUCCAGUGUUUCUGCCUUCAAGUCCAUUUGAUCUACAGGAGGGCAGCGUGCUUCUUGCACAUAUUAGUCAAUCAUACGUAUAUAUGGGAAUAAAGAGUGUUUGAAAUCGAG